UCUGGCAGUUAUUUGGACAGUUCAUCAGAUGACAGACAAGGGACAAGACUGCACUUCCCUCUGAGCCAUGAGAGCAAAGUUGGAUAUCUUAGCCCUGGUCCUGGGCUUCCUCGGCCUGUUUGGGACAAUAGCUGCCACUGCCAUGCCCAUGUGGAGGGUUUCUGCCUUCAUUGGUGCCAACCUCAUCGUUAUGGAGGACCUCUGGGAGGGCUUGUGGAUGAGCUGCUGGAGACAGGCUAACAUCAAGAUGCAGUGCAAGGUCUAUGACUCAUUGCUAAGUCUCCCACCAGAGCUGCAGGCAGCCAGGGGGCUCAUGGUCUUCUCCAUAGUUCUGAUUGUCAUCUCCUUGCUCAUCACGGGAUGUGGGGUCCAGAAGACCAUCUGUCUUGGUGACAACAUAAAGAGCAAGAACAUCAUCCUGGCCUUAGGGGGCAGUCUAUAUCUGCUGUCCUUUCUGACCACACUCAUCCCUGUCAGCUGGGUGGGCCAUACUGUCAUCAGAAACUUCUACAACCCAGUGGUCGUAGAUUCUGAGAAGCGGGAGCUGGGGGCAGCCCUCUUCCUUGGCUGGGCCACGUCUGGUAUUUUGCUGAUCACCGGAAUCAUAAUUCUUUUCAGUUACUGCAAACGUAGAUCAAAGGAGGAAGAUCCCUACACUGACACUCAACUUAUGCCGUUGGGGGAUGUACAGAAAGACAGCAGCAUCUACCUGGAGAGGACACCAUCCAGCUUUCAUAAGCAUCAAGAAUAUGUGUAAACACCUGCACUGCGCUGCCUGCAAUGCGCAAAUAACAUUCUUACAUGACAUUUAAAGGAUGCUGCCUGAGAAAGGUCAGGCAGUAGCCUUCCGGGUAAAUUCUGGGUAAAUGCAUUUGUUUUCAUAAUGUAUGUACACAUUAUGAUCUCUGUGAUUGUUAAAAUGUUCAGUGUACUUUGCAUUCUUAUUGCACUAUAAGUGGCUCUCAUCUCAUUGUUUGUGUUUUCUGCCCAAAUGCUUCACAGUUUUACUUGUUGAACAUAUAAAACUAUUAGUACCUGGGUAUUAUUAUCUGCUGUUAAUGUAUUCAGCAUGUCUAACAAUACUAUUAGUUUU